CCAAGUUCGACGAUUGAAUGCCAACACCGACACGCGUUCUACUCGAAAAGUUGCAGGAACUGCGAACGAGACAAAACGUCACCACCACCACUACGACUCACGAUACAAAGGCUUGUGUUGGGGGAAAGGACCGCACGGAUGUAGCCCCCCGGCCAGUAGAGCCACGACAUGUCUCUGCCCUCGGCUCUCUACGGGCAGCCUCCCAACACGGUGGACGACUACUUCAUCGUCAAGGGACUGUAUCGAGCACUCGACAUUGAAGAUGCAGAACCCAUGGCAGGGUUCUUCUUCGCGCCACAUCCGCCGCCCGGUGCCGUGCGGGAGACGCGGGUUCUGGCUGUCAUCAUCGGCUGCGUCUUUGUCAUUCUUGGCAUCAUCAUCCCGACCACCGCCAGGCUAGUCCUGCGCGCACGGAGGAGCUCAGUUCUAUGUUUCGGGUGGGAUGACUGGACCAUACUACUAGCUGCAAUCACAGCACUCAGCUAUCCUAUUACACAUAUCAUCCUGCCUCUGGUAGGCGCAACUUGCAGGCACGUGUGGGACAUGACAUAUCAAGAGAUCAACUACGGAUCCUAUGGCGGCGCGGCCACCCGAACAAUCUACUAUGUCGCCGUUGGGCUCAUCAAGCUGUCCAUCGCUCUAUUCGUGCGACGAAUGGCGCACCACGCCUCGCGCCGAUGGCAGAUCCUCAUCGACGUCUUCAUCGUCACGGUGAUCGCGUACAUCCUCGUGACCCUGUUCUGGAACGUCUUCAGCUGCAACCCGGCGCCGGCGCAGUGGGAUCUCGCCUUUCGAGGUCGGGCCGCGAUUCCGCCCGUCUGCGGAGACGUCGCGUUGCGGAGCCAUAUACUCGGUGGUGUUCACGUCGGGCAGGGCAUCAUCCUGCUGGCUAUCCCCAUAGUCGUGCUGUUGAAAUUCCAGCUCGAUACGGCCAAGAAGAUCAGGCUGUAUAUCGUCUGGAUCGUUGGCGCGGUGCAAGUUGCGAGCGCUUUACUGAGGGAGCUGCGCCCGAGCACGUCGAAGGACACCAGCUGGGACUAUACGGAGAUAUUGAUCUGGACUUCGAUCGAUUUGACUCUGGGUAUCCUUUUGGCGUCGCUGCCAGUCAUGGACGGCUUGCUUGCGGGCAACUGGCACAAGACGGCCACAGGGAUGGCCAGCGACAUCAUGUCCCCCCAGAGGUCGCGCAAUAACAGCGACCCGAAGCAGCAGCAGCCGACAAAGGGCGGCGGCACGACGACAGUCUACACGACGCGGCAGAAGAACCGGUCCCUGCGCAACAUCGGCACCACGCUCGGCGGCGGCGGUGGAGGCUCCAGCAGGCUCAAGAGGACCGAGUCGAGCGAGAGCAUAAUGCAGGGCGAGAGGAGGUCCGAGGAUGCGGCGAUGGAGAUGGGCAUCCUGCGCACGCAGGAGAUCCGCGUCUUAUACUCAAUGGCGGCAGAGCGCGCCCGAGCCGAAGCCGGAUCAGGCACCGCCGGCCUUGACGAGGAAGAUUUCCUCUAG